GCGGGUUCCAGCCUCUUUGCUGCACAGACUACAGCGGUGAUGGCGGGCAGACGGUUCGGCUGGAGCCGGGUGGCUCUUCUCCAGCUCUUCCUUGGUGUGAACCUGAUGAUGAUGCCACCUACCGAGGCCCGGCGUCUGCGUUUCGUUACGUUGCUGUACCGACAUGGAGACCGUUCGCCAGUGAAGACAUACCCCAAGGACCCCUAUCAGGAAGACGAAUGGCCCCAGGGAUUUGGUCAGCUAACCAAGGAGGGGAUGCUACAGCACUGGGAGCUGGGCCAGGCUCUGCGACAGCGCUACCAUGACUUCCUCAACACCUCUUACCACCGGCAAGAGGUUUAUGUGCGAAGCACAGACUUUGACCGGACUCUCAUGAGUGCUGAGGCCAACCUGGCUGGACUCUUCCCUCCCGACGGGAUGCAGCGCUUUAACCCAAACAUCUCUUGGCAGCCUAUCCCCAUCCACACUGUGCCCAUUGCCGAGGACAGGCUGCUGAAGUUCCCAUUGGGCCCAUGCCCCCGUUUUGAACAGCUGCAGAACGAGACCCGGCGGACCCCGGAGUAUCAGAAUGAGAGUAUUCAGAAUGCGCAAUUUCUGGAUAUGGUGGCCAACGCGACAGGGCUUGCAGACCUGACACUGGAGACCGUCUGGAAUGUCUACGACACACUUUUCUGUGAGCAGGCACACGGGCUGGUCCUGCCGCCCUGGGCCUCGCCCCAAACCAUGAAGCGUCUGAGCCGGCUAAAGGACUUCAGCUUCCGCUUCCUCUUCGGGAUCUACGAGCAGGCAGAGAAGGCCCGGCUGCAGGGGGGAGUCCUGCUGGCUCAGAUACGGAGGAACCUGACCCUGAUGGCGACCACCUCCCGGCUCCCCAAGCUGCUGGUCUACUCUGCGCACGAUACCACCCUGGUGGCUCUGCAGAUGGCGCUGGAUGUCUACAAUGGUAAACAAGCCCCCUACGCGUCCUGCCACAUAUUUGAACUAUACCAGGAAGAUAGCGGGAAUUUCUCAGUGGAAAUGUACUUUCGGAACGAGAGUACCAAGGCCCCCUGGCCGCUGAUCCUGCCUGGCUGCCCUCACCACUGCCCGCUGCAGGACUUCCUCCGCCUCACGGAGCCCGUUGUGCCCAAGGACUGGGAGCAGGAGUGCCGGCUGGCAAGCGGUCCUGCAGACACAGAGGUGAUCGUGGCCUUGGCUGUAUGUGGCUCCAUCCUCUUCCUUCUCAUAGUGCUGCUCCUCACCGUCCUCUUCCGGAUGCAGGCCCAGCCUCCCGGCUACCGCCACGUCCCAGACGGGGAGGAUCAUGCCUGACAACCACUCAGCCCCCUUCCCUCUACCUCCUAGGGGAGGUGGGCUGGGCCCUGCUCCUGACUGUUGCUGCUCCCCAGCCCAUGGACAGGAGGCCCUGGGUUGGGCCUCCCUCUAAUCACCCCAACCUAGACGAACAAGUGGGGCUCAGCUUGGCCCGUGGCACCUGUCACUCAGCAUCCACGUGUCUGAUGUUAACCAAGUACUGUGUUGGACGCUGGCUUUCUCCAAACGGGAUUUGCCUCCUCCAUGCUCCCUUCUAAGGACCUGAAAUGUAGACAAGUAGUCACGUUUCACUCAGGACCUAGGACAAAGACUGAAGGGGUUGCUGCUUGAUCUGCUUUGCCUCUCCAUCAAGCCCUGCUCACUCUCUCUACCAACCCAGAGUCUCUGGCAAAUGGCCCAGAGGACACAGUCUUGCCUCUCAGUGCUUAUUUUAGUGGGAAAAACUGCACAACGCUGGCCACCAAGGAACCAGAUCACCCAAGAGCCAGCCAGCGAAGUUUUCCUUUGUCCAGCUGAGGCCAUCAUUAACUGGAGCCAGACACAAUGCUUCCAGCAUCUUUGUCACCCCUGCACCUUGAGCAGGUUGGAAGGAUGUUGUGUACCUGGGAGGGAGUCGGGGAGGUGUGUGGGGGGUGAGCUGUGGUACAGAAUCAUGAAACUACUAUCCCUCUCAUCUAGGCUGGGAUCUCCUGGGAUCUGCCAGGGAUCUCCAGCUGGCAUGUUGUGAGCUGAACAGCUCCUGACUGUGGUCCAGAAUAGGGCUGAGACAGCUUCCAGAGAAUGAAGGUUUUUGGACUCUUAGUG